AAAAGCUCCCGAUACAUUAUCACACUUGCGGGAGUAGAGAAAAGCGAUCUAGUGUGGUACAGCUGACAACACAUUUAUUCAUCUCACUUAAACAGAUGUUUGCUUCACUCUAUCUGCGAACGGUCCUAAUAUGGGCUACGCUACUUCUUCUUGUAGCGAGCAACCCAAUGGUUGUGAAAAGGGGGGGCUAUACCAUCUAUCGACAAGAUGAAGGUAGCAUGAACUCCACAUACAACGACGACGAGCUAUACAAACGAUUUCUACACCACAUGCCUAGACAGGAGAUGAGUGGUAUCCCUAGAAAGUUUAUCGAGGCUGAGAAGUGUGGAAACUUGAAAGACCCGAAGAGUGUGGGAUCAAAGAUAAUCGCUGCGUGGCAAGAAGCCAAGGAGUUGGCUAUAGCCCAAACAAGCACCAGGUAAUCCCAUGUUCAUUACACCAGGGCGUUCGGAGAACGCCGACAUCUUUGUACUGAUUAUUUGCAGACUAGACGACUUUGAUUUCGACAAAAUCCAUAAACAAUGGCUUGGGAAUGACUGGAAUGGGUGGGGUUGGUUUUACGACUACAAGACGGCCAUACAUAACAACCUUGCCAACCUCGCCCAGCUUUUCUUGAACCAGGGCUUUCAACAACAUGAGUAUAUCUAUUGGUAUUGCUACGACUAUGCCAACCAAUGCGAUAUGGGCACUGUAGCCUAUUCGUGGUCCAGUGUAUACUUCUUUUGGCGUAACCAUUACACAGUCUUCUGCCCAAGAUUCGCAUCAUUCCAGACCUUGGCAGACGACAUCAGAGCAGCAUCGCAGGACCAGCAUAAGCAGCGGAUCAUGGAGAAUUUUCACACAAACAGAGGCCAAAUAAUGCUACAUGAAAUCUAUCAUUAUACUGUUGUUACUAACCCGAGAACUGACGACUAUGCAUACCAGGCCCAGCAAUGCUGGGAUUUGGCUAAAAAUCAGGGAACCUGGUAUGCCUUUGAGAAUGCAGAUUCAUACGCACUAGAUGCAGUUGCUAUAUACGUUCAACAACAUUUCGAAUCAGAGGAACCGCCGAUUCCCAGAGAUGAAUAUGCAAAGACUCCUGACGCCGCCGGUGUCGACUUGUCGGCGGCGACUAAAGAAGUCCAAUCUGCAAUGGGCAAAGUAUUCGCAGACAAGCCCUCGACUUGGUCUGGUGCACAGGUACCUGAGUUGAACCCAGACCCAUCUUUUUGGGUAGAAUUUGUCGAAGAGGGUGUCACACCCCUUUCUGCAGACCUGAACCUUGAGUUCGAAGUCUUCGGUGGCAAGGCUCAUGACCCUAUUGAGAGCCUGAGAAACACGGACGUGCCUGCGCCGCCGAUGGCCACGAAACAACCUGAACCGGAGGUAACUACCAUGCAGACGGAUGUCGGCACUCUGAGCUGCGAAGCGAAUGGUAACAGAUUCCCCCAGCCUGCGGCAGAGAAUUUCAUCAACGACCUCUGCAACUCAUCCCAGCUCUACCCCGUAUUCAUCGUACCGCCAAUAUCCAUAGGUACGGGCAGUACGAGCAGCGGACAUCCCAAGUCGCUCGGUGUCUCAGCAAGCUACGCCAUACCAGACAGUAGUGAUAAGCUGUAUGUAGGCGCUCUGUUUGAUAACGGAGGUUGUGUUGGGGGUUCACAAUUCGGCUUGGGCAUGGAUGACGCGGAACGCCUCGAUCAUUGCAAGGCCAGGCUACGGACUGCCUUGAAUGGGUGCCAGACGAGCACAACGACUGAUAAACAGGGGGGCAUGGUCAAAGAUGUCUGCAUCGAUUACGUGGUCACGGCUCGUCAUGAGGAUGACCCGAACCCUUUUGAAGAAAGCCAAUGGUGGGCUGGCAUGGGAGAUUUCAAAUGCAGAGAAACCGACCCGCCUCUGGACGGUCGCGGCGAUACGUGUACUUGCUGGAGAGAAGGAUAUGAAAGCACGACGGAUAUAUUUGAGAGGGAUCAGGAUGGAAAGUGUGACAAUGUUGACACAACCGCCCUUGUUAUUAACUAGGUUAACUUAAUAGUCUUCCAGAGGCAAAUGCAAAAAUUCAUGACCCUGGCGUUAUUCAGACUAUCUUAAGGCGUUCGGAUGCAGAGCUUUGCAUUUUCUUACCCCAGUCGUAACAGCGAUUAAGGAAUCAUAUAACAAC